AUGCAGGUAAAGAUAGAAUUGGGUCUGGUAAUGCGCGUGUCUGUAAACACCAUCGACAAAGAGACACAGCCGAUCGGCUUUCAUCCAUCAAGCCCCGAACUACCAUCCCCUUCGGAUGUCACGAUGAAAGCAAACUUCCCUCCCCUCCACAUCCUACAAUGCACCGCUUUAACUCUCCGUGAUACGUCAUCAUCUCGUCAUCGACAUAUGAAGGCCGUUCCACUAGUCAAUCGUCGAGCCAAUUUCCGCACUCCUGCAUGCCUUCUUUCACUACACCACAGUUCCUCUGCUAUCCUUAUACGUAUUGUGCGCCGCCACGUACAACCAUGGGAGUCCUUUUACAAUGACCGGCAGCACAAUGAGCAGCAGUGUUCUACCUGCGUUGAGCCCAAGGCAACUGCCUGA